CUGACGCCAGUCAGCAUCCGACUACUCGGAAAACAGACUUUGUUAAUCCCUUCCUGCCUCGGCCACCGCCUUCUGUAACCCCUUGCACUUUUAAGUAGAGCACUGCCGCGUCAACUCCUGAAGCUCUUCUGCACUCCUACACUCAACAUAGACUAUCUAUCACUAAUAACGGGCGGCAGAGUGGAGGACAAGCGGAAAGAUGCUGGACACAGAAAAGAGCGCUGUUGCGCCAACCGCAGAAGCCGAGCAGCAUGUCCCCCCAAAGUAUGACGGCUACGAUGACGAGGCCGUGGUUGAGCCCAUUCAGUGCCCGGCGCACACGACCGAGAGAAAACUAGUAACCAGGAUUGAUCUCCAUGUCAUUCCGUUUCUCUGCAUCAUGUACCUCCUGGCUUUUCUCGACAGAGUCAACAUCGCGAAUGCCAAUGUAUUCGGCCUAUCCAAGGAGCUGAACAUAGCGAACGGCAACAAGUACAAUACUGCGCUUGUCAUCUUCUUCGUCCCCUAUAUCCUGUUCGAGAUUCCCUCAAACAUCCUUCUGAAGAAGCUGAAGCCCAGAGUCUGGCUCUCGCUGUGCAUGUUCGGUUUUGGACUUGUUACGCUUCUCCAAGGCUUCGUAAAGAACUACUCGGGCCUCUUGGCUACUCGUUUCUUCCUGGGUGUGUUUGAGACGGGCAUGUUUCCGGGAGCGUUCUAUUUGAUCGGCAUGUGGUAUCGUCGUCAUGAAGCUCAACGCCGCUACACAUUCUUUUUCUCCAGCACCACCCUCGCAGGUGCCUUUGGUGGACUUCUUGCUAGCGCAAUUGGCAAAAUGGACGGCAUACGGGGCUACCAAGGCUGGCGCUGGAUCUUCAUCUUGGAGGGUCUCCUGACAGUUAUCGUGUCAUUCUUCUUCUACUUCCUCCUUCCCAACUUCCCUGAAGAGGCAAAGUGGCUCCGCGAGGAUGAGAGAGCAUUCGUCAAAGCCCGGCUUCAACUCGAUCAGGGCUCGUCAGCAGCUGAACGGCCCAUCAAAGUCAGGGACGUGAUCAAUGCGUUCAAGGAUAUCAAGAUCGUCGUCGGUGGUUUCAUGUAUCUGGGUCUUAUCGUCCCCGCCUACGGCUACGCCUACUUCAGCCCCGGCAUUAUCCAAGGCUACGGCUACAGCCCGAUCCAGACGCAGCUCCACAGUGUUCCCCCAUGGGCUGCCGCCUUCGGUUUCGCCAUGGUCAUCGCGUGGGCCAGCGACCGCCUCCAGCACCGCUUCCUCUUCACCAUCUUCCCCAUCUGCGUCGCCAUCGCGGGCUUCGCCAUCCUCCUCGCCGUGCACGACAACCGCCAGGUCCAAUACGCGGCGCUCUUCCUCGUCGCCAUGGGCGCCUACACGGCCAUGCCCGUCAUCGUCUGCUGGUUCAACAUGAACCUCGGAGGGCACCACCGACGAGCCAUCGGAUCGGCGUGGCAGGUCUCGUUUGGCAACAUUGGCGGCAUCAUCGCCGUGUAUGCGUUCCUGAAGAAGGAUGCGCCCAAGUAUAUCCCCGGGUAUUCCAUCAGUGUGGCGUUUGUGUGCCUGAGCGCCAUCAGCUGCUUGGUGUACUUUGUGCUGUGUUCGUGGCAGAAUCGGAAGAGGGAGAGGACGGCGAGGGAUGUGGGGUUGACCGAGUAUGAGAAGACGGAGCUGGGGGAUAUGAAUCCGGAUUAUCGGUAUCUGCUGUAA